CGCGAUUCCCUGUUCGUCACGCGUAGUGGUCGUCUUCCGAAGGCAAAAGAAAGAGAAGUGUCGCUGGCAAAGAGAACGUUGUUGUUUUGUCACGUGAUGUGUUGUAUCGCACGCUUUUGUCGGCGACGAAGUCCUUCCAUCUGCAGUGUGAUGUUGAGACGUGGAACUGUGUGAGAGUUUGUGGGUACAAAACAUCGUCGCUGCUGUGAGGAUGGCGGCAGCGCUGUUUUGGUUCGUCUUCGUGUUCACUGCAGUCUGCGCAUCCUUUGCAGACAACGAAGUUAAGUGCCAAGAUGAUCAGUUUGCCUGUGCCGACGGACGCAGAUGCAUUCCGCUUAAAUGGAAGUGCGACUAUUCUCCAGACUGUGCCGAUGGAUCCGACGAGCCGGACGACUGUGCACCAAGCACAUGCGUUCCUGGCCAAUUCAAGUGUGCGUUGACUAAAAGGUGCAUCCCCAAUGGGUUUGUGUGUGAUCGUGAAGUGGACUGUGGUUUCACGGAUGACAUGGUGCCCGAUUCCUCGGACGAGGAUGCACGCAGGUGUCGUCUUGGUAACACAUGUCCCAAGAACUAUUUUCGCUGCAACGACGGCAUCACGUGUCGUCCCAUCGCGACGCUCUGUGAUGGCCACAAUGAUUGUCCUGAUUUCUCGGACGAAGGUUCCUUCUGUGUUAACUCAACUCAAUGUGAGAACUUCAAGUGUGAGCACCAUUGCCGUCCAGGGCCACAAGGCCCCCUGUGCUUCUGUGAGGGUGCCAAAGAACCUGGUGGGAGGGAUGGAUCCCAGUGCAUAGAAGCUAAUCAGUGCAAUAUUGAAGGCACUUGCGACCAGAUAUGUCACGGCAACGGAAGUUCCUACACGUGUAGUUGUGUGAGAGGAUAUCGUCUACAAGGCAGUCACUGCUAUGGCAUCAAUGUGCCAGAAGGUGAAGAAGCGACACUGCUGUUUGCAAACUCCAUCAACAUCCAGCGCAUUCACCUCAACGGCACAGCAGUGGCUGGGAUCAGCACCGUUCCUGUUAAAGAAAGCUUAGCUAUGGACUUCAACCACAAAAACCAAACAGUUUGUUGGAUCAAUCAUGAAGGCAAUGAAACUGUAAUGCAGUGUGCAAAAGUCCCCAACCUUGAAGAAAAGUGGACAUUGCGUAUAAGCGACUCCUUUUCCCUAGCCACUGUGAACCAGAUGGCACUGGACUGGCUGUCUGGCAACUGGUACUUUCUGGACGAUGUACGGGAGACGAUUUUCCUCUGCAACGCUACCUUGAGAGGCUGUAUCACAGUUAUUGAUGUCGGACUCAGCAAGCCAAGGGGUAUUGCACUGGAUCCACUCAAAGGACUGAUGUUCGUGACCGAGUGGGGUAGCACAGCCCCACUUCUGGAACGUGCUCAAAUGGACGGUGGUGGUCGCACCAAACUGGUGGAGCACAAGAUUGUCUACCCAUUUGGUGUGGCCGUAGAUUUACCUAAGGAGCAGGUCUACUGGGUAGACACCUACCUGGAUGUCGUGGAACGCAUCAACUACGAUGGGACUGGGCGAACAACGGUCUUCCGAGGAGCUCCGAUGCGGAACCUCUACGGCAUCACCGUAUUUGAGCAAUAUCUUUACGUGACCAGCUGGCACGGCAACUCUGUGAUCUCUGUGCACAAGUACAACCAGUCAGAUGUACGUACUGUGAAAGCGAACCUGACGCGCCCUUUCUCCAUCCACGUAUACCAUCGCCAACGAAAACCUUAUGAGAAUCAUCCCUGCAAUCUAGACAGGACGAACUGCGACCAUUUAUGCAUACCUCUGUAUAGAAAUGGCAUUUCCAUGGGUGGCUGUGUUUGUCAGCCUGGAUUCCGUUUUGCUGCUGGGCUUCAGCGCACUUGUGUUGCUACGCGUCCUCAGACUUUCCUGUUGUAUGCAAGGGGGCGUCCCGGUGCCGUGAAAGGCAUCUCCGCAAGUGACGGCUUCCCUGAGGAUGCGCUCUAUCCUGUGCUUCGGAGGGAAGUGCUUGCUCCCAUUGGCGACCUGGGCCGUCCCAUGGCCCUUGAUUACGAUGUGAGGACUCAGACUGUCUACUACUCGGAUGCACAGAAGUUCUCCAUCGAGCAGAGAGCCCUGGACGGGUCACAUCGACGGGUAUUCCUCUCCAGAGGACUGAAUAACUGCGAAGGGAUGGCCAUCGAUUGGAUGGGACGCAACCUGUUCUGGACGGACGAGGGACACCUGUCCAUCUCGGUUGCUCGCCUGGACAACUCCACGAUACGCAAGCAACUCAUCAGCCUCAACAUGUCACAUCCACGUGCUAUUGUAGUGGACCCAAAAGGAGGUUUCAUGUACUGGUCCGACUGGUCGGCAGACACGUACCCGCCUCCAGACCGUGAGCAUGCAGGAAAGAUCGAGCGUGCGUACAUGGAUGGUACGCACAGAGAAGAUUUUGUGACGGAGAAUAUACAUUGGCCCAAUGGCCUCAGCAUAGACUACAAUAAGAACCAGUUGUACUGGUGCGAUGUCUACUUUCAUAGGAUUGAGCGGAUUGGUCUGGAUGGCACAGGACGAAAGGUGCUGAUCGAAGGGGAGGUCCUGCAUCAUCCCUAUGGACUGGCCCAUUACGAGGACUCCGUGUAUUGGACGGAAUUUCAGCAGGGACACAUCAUGCGUUAUAACACUUCCUCCAAAAAUAUAACCAAGCUCAAGACAGAGAAUCCGCCCCUCUUUGAACUUCGCUUUUUUGACACCAAUUCGCAGUCGGGUUCCAACAAGUGUAGUAAGAACAGAGGUGGCUGCUCGCAGCUGUGCCUUCCAACACCAGAAGGACGUGUGUGUGCCUGUGGGAAUGGUUAUGAGCUGGAAGCCGACAGAACCACAUGCAAGCGGUCAGCUAACUACACUGAACCUUCCCGCUGCCGUCCAGGGGAGUUUGAGUGCAAGAAAAACCAGCGCUGCAUCGACAAACGUUACGUGUGUGAUGGCGACGAUGACUGCGGUGACAACUCCGACGAGGAUUCUUCCCAGUUUGGAGUCUGUGAAACCGUGACUUGUGGUGAGGACCAGUAUCGCUGCGACGCCAAUCGCUGCAUCGCACUGCACUGGGUGUGUGAUGGCGAGCGCGACUGCGUCGACGGGUCUGACGAGGAACCCACCUCAAAGUGCCGCAACAUCACUUGCUCGGCCUCACAGCAUACCUGCAAGAUAACCGGGAAGUGCAUCCCGCUCGGGUGGACUUGCGACUCGGACCUGGACUGCGGCGAAGGAGACACUUCAGAUGAGCACGACGAAUGUGCCUACCCCGAUUGCGAUGUCACGGAGUUCCGGUGCACCAACCAACGCUGCAUUCCCCUGGACUAUGUGUGUGAUGGAGAUGACGACUGCAGGGAUGGGUCAGACGAGAAGCAGUGUGGUGAAGAUUGCCAGGAAGAUACCGGUCACGUCUGUGAUGGGAAGUGUGUCACCAAGGGGUUGAUGUGCAAUGGCGUCUGGGACUGCGAUGAUGGAUCAGAUGAGCAGAAUUGCACCACAUCUGGCAAUUCCACUAUCAACCUGUGCCACAAGAACGAAUUUCGAUGCAACAAUGGUCAGUGUAUUCAUAAGAACUGGUACUGUGACUACAAGAAGGACUGUCUCGAUGGAAGUGAUGAACACAACUGUGGAAACGCCACCUGUAACCAAAAUGAAUUUCUCUGCCACAGCCGGCUAGAGUGCAUUCCUGCCUCAUUCGUGUGUGACAGCGACAACGAUUGCUCAGACAAUUCUGAUGAAAAGAACUGCUCGCUGCCCCGCAUCAAGUGCCUGGCUCCGAAUCACACCUGCGACAACAGCACGCGCUGCAUUGACAUUACAAAGAUGUGUGAUGGAUCUCACGACUGUAAAGAUGGCUCUGACGAAGGAGGCAGAUGCGAUGAAGGUCUAUGCUUCUUCAAUGACUGUGAGGAUUCCUGUCAGAACACUCCAUAUGGACGCUCAUGCUUUUGCCGUAAUGGAUUACAACUGGCAGUUGAUGGAAGGACUUGCACAGACAAGAAGCCCUGUUCCCAGUGGGGAGUGUGUAGUCAGAAAUGUUUCCAACUGAAGCACUCUCACAAGUGCACAUGUGAGAAAGGCUAUGAGCUAAUGGCAGAUAUGUUCACGUGCAAAAGUUCAAGUCGUGAAACACCGUACAUUAUCUUCUCAAAUCGUCACGAGCUCCGGAGCGUCGACCUGCACUCCAUGUCCGUGAGAGCCCUCAUCACUGGACUGAAGAACACAAUCGCCUUGGACUUCUACCACUCCAACGGCACCGAUCUCAUCUUCUGGACCGACGUCGUAGAUGACAAGAUUUACCGUGGCUCUGUCACAUCUGGAAGCUUGUCUAGCAUAGAAGUUGUGGUUCAAACGGGUUUGGCCAUGGCCGAGGGUCUGGCCGUUGAUUGGAUCGGUGAGAAUCUGUACUGGGUAGAGAGCAACCUUGACCAGAUAGAAGUUGCCAAAUUAAACGGCAGCUUCCGGCGCACGCUCAUUGCCAGCAACAUGGAGAGUCCACGUGCCAUUGCACUCGAUCCACGUUAUGGGCUGAUGUUCUGGACAGACUGGGACAAAGAAGCUCCGCGCAUUGAGCAAGCCUCAAUGAGCGGUGACGAACGAAAGGUGGUGCUUCGCAUAGACGAUGUGACUGACGGUGGUGCCUGGCCCAAUGGGCUUGCCCUAGACUUUGUGGCCCUCCGCAUCUAUUGGAUAGAUGCUCGAUCAGACUCUGUGCAUACAGCUCGAUAUGACGGCUCUGACCAUCGAGAGGUCCUUCGCGGCCACGAAACGCUCUCGCAUCCCUUUGCCAUUGCAUUAUUUGGAAACCACGUCUACUGGACAGAUUGGAGAACAAAUUCUGUCAUUCGGUGCAACAAGUGGAAUGGGUCUGAUGUACAAGUUGUGCAAAGAGCAUCAACGCAACCAUUCGAUGUGCAGGUUUUCCACCCAUCGAGACAGCCAAGAGGUAAUGGCAAGAACAGAUGUGCUAUUGAAAAUGGAGGCUGUUCCCACUUAUGUCUCCUGAGUGUGAAUAACACGCACAAGUGCAACUGUCCACACCUGAUGUUGCUGGGUCCAGAUGGAAAGACCUGCAUCAGCAACGAGGAGGUUUUGCUCUUUUCCCGUCCAAAUGAAAUCCGUGGUGUCAACCUUGACAUGCCCUACUACCAUGUCAUUCCACCGUUUAGCUCACCUAAGGUAAUCCACGCUGUCAAACUUGACUUCCAUGCUGCUACACACCAGAUAUAUUGGGUGGACACGCAGUUGUCGGAGAUCAAGAGAGCGCCUUUGCUUGGAUCUGUAGUGGAGACCAUAAUUGACACUGUAAUAGAAAACUCUUACGGCUUUGCUGUGGAUUGGGUGUCUGGCAACAUGUUCUUCACGUCCUUUGGUGAAAGCUGCAAGUUCAUCUACACCUGUAACCUGGACGGAGAAUAUGUGACUUCUGUUGUUGAGGACGACCUCGACACUCCUUCGUCACUAGCCGUUCAUCCUAUGUUGGGCCUUCUCAUCUGGUGCGACCAUGGAGACGACCGCGAACGCAUCCAGGUGGCCAAAAUGGACGGUUCAUCUCGUCGCGUCCUCACUUCACGAAGCGAAAACCCAAAGCUCGAAGGCUGCAACAGUAUCACCGUUGACUUCGUCGGCAACAUGGUCUACUGGGUGAACCGUGACUCGGGAGCGGUUCAGCGUUGCAACCUGGUGGGAAUGCCACACGUCGAAACGCUGGACGUCUCACUUGGUGCCGAACAGCCUCAAGCCCUUGCACUGUACAGGGAUAGAAUUUUAUUGUCAACAGACUAUGCCAUCUAUGUAGCGUUGAAGACAGACCCAUCGAAUUGCACGGUGAUUAGGAACAAUACGGACAGCGUACUGGCAUUGGCCGUGUAUGACGUGGAGCUGCAGAAAGGAACAAAUGCAUGUAGCAAAAAUAAUGGGAACUGCUCACAUCUGUGUCUGCCAACCUCGGAAGCAACUCGUGUUUGCAAAUGCAGUACUGGCUACGUGCCUGAUGCUACAAAUAGCUCCAAGUGUGUUGGUUACGAAGAAUUCCUGCUGUACUCUAUUAAUUAUGAGAUUCGUGGGGUUUCAUUAGAUAAGCAGGCAUCAAAGGACCGUGUCUUGGCUCCUAUCUCUCGGGUGUCAAUGGCUACAGCCAUUGACUUUGUAGAUGAUUACAUCUACUGGGUUGACUCUGAGGCUGGAACCAUCACCCGUAUUCGGAGAGACAUGACAGGUCGAGAAACUGUCGUUCGUGGAUUAGAAAGUGUCGAAGGAUUGGCCAUUGACUGGGUAGCAGGUAACAUCUACUGGGUAGACGGCUCUUACGAUGUCAUUGAGGUGGCUCGUCUGAAUGGAUCCCAGCGCUACGUGCUGAUCUCCGGCAACUUGGACAAGCCACGAUCAAUUGUGGUGCAUCCAUACCAUGGCUACAUUUUCUGGAGCGACUGGGGUAAUCCACCUAAAAUCGAACGAGCUGCACUGGAUGGUUCUGGACGAAUCACCGUGGUAGACACGUCGAUACAGCUCAUCAACGACCUGGCCUUGGAUCUAGAAGAGGACAAGCUCUAUUGGUGCGACUCUCGUAGUGACGUCAUCGAGCGGAUCAACCUGGACGGCACGAUGCGGGAACGAGUCUUUCCUCCGGCUGACGAUGAUGGAGCCGUUAGUCGCUUGCCAAAUCCGUUCGCUUUAGUGAUCCAUGGGGACUACAUCUACUGUGCCGACACGCAUCGUGAUGAUAUCUCUGUAUUUCGUGUGAAGAAACACAGUCCUCAGCAGGAAGAAGAACUGGUGAGCCAUCUGAGUGACAUGGUGAAAGACAUCCAAGUGUUCCAUUCACGGCCCAAGAAAGAAACAACCAACCCUUGCAAUGAGAACAAUGGUUUCUGUCAGGAAUUGUGCCUCUAUCAAGGGGACAGCAACUACACUUGCGCCUGUUCGCAUGGGAAACUGGCAGAUGAUGGCAGACAUUGUCAAGAAUAUGACGCAUUCAUAAUGUUCUCACGAGUGCGUAGCAUCGACAGCAUUCACAUGGAGGACGAGACCAACCUGAAUGCUCCUUUUCCGAGCAUCACCAGCACAGAGUUCAUGCGCAACAUCAUAGGCCUCUCGUUCGACUAUGUCACCAGACGCAUCUUCUACUCUGACAUUCAACGCGGAACUAUCAAUAGUGUCCACUUCAAUGGCUCUGGCCAUGCGGUUUUGGUUCACAAGCAAGGCUCGGUGGAAGGCCUAGCAUAUGAGCCGAUCAGGAAUGAACUCUACUGGACGAGCCACAGGGAUGCUUCCGUGGGACGACUCAGUCUCUCGACACCUAAGGCACUUCCUGAGAAGGUCGUCAAGAUGUCUUCUGAAGACAAGCCCAGGGGAAUAGUGGUCAGCAGCUGCCAUGGGCGCAUAUUCUGGACCAACUGGAAUGGGCACCACCCUAGCAUCCAGCGGUCGUACCUGAACGGCCUGAGUGUGGAGUCCAUCAUAACCACGGAUAUCCGCAUGCCAAAUGGUAUAACCAUCGAUCACCGCCUCCAGAGACUCUAUUGGUCAGAUGCCCGCCUGGACAAGAUCGAACGCUGCAACUUGGAUGGUGAAGAUCGCCACGUGCUGCUGAGUGAACACCCACAGCACCCCUUUGAUCUGGCCGUGUACGACAACUUUGUCUUCUGGACAGACUGGGUAGCGCACGCGGUUCUUCGAGCCGACAAGCACUCGGGUGCAUAUGUGGUCGUGCUUCGAAAGAAUGUCGUUCGGCCCAUGGGCAUCAUUGCAGUCACAAAUGACACCAAUGAUUGCACACGAAAUCCUUGCAUGGUUUUGAAUGGUGGCUGUGAGGACAAGUGCGAUGUUGCCCAAAACGGCUCUGUCAUCUGCGACUGUCUUUCUGGACGCUCGCUGUUGCCAGAUGGAAAACGCUGUGGAGUUAAGUCAGCAAACUGUACAGCCAAAGAGUUUGAAUGUGGGGAUGGAGCCUGCAUUCCAGUUGAACUGACAUGUGAUGGCAUUCAGUCCUGCCCGGAUGGAACUGAUGAACUGCUCACAUAUUGUGCAACCCGCUCCUGUCCGGAGGGCUUCUUCCGUUGCCAUAACAACCGCUGUGUUCCCGAAAGUCACAUAUGUGACGGGCUCAAUGCAUGCGAGGACUACAGUGAUGAGCAUAAUUGUACGUGCCAGGCCGACCAAUUCAAGUGCCACAGGGGACCCUGCAUUCUGAGCAACUUUGUCUGUGACCGAGAGCCAGAGUGCCCAGAUGCCAGUGACGAAAUGAACUGCACUAAGCCAGAUUGCUCAAAACACCCAAUGACGUGGCAUCCAAAUCUACAUCUGAUCAAUUGUGAGCACACAACAGCGUGUAUUCAUCCCGACUGGAUCUGCGACGGUCAGAAUGACUGCUGGGAUGGAUCAGACGAGCAGAAUUGUGGACCAACCGCUGCGACACAUGUGUCAUGCCCUGCAAAGUCCUUCCGGUGCCUCAAUGGGCUCUGCAUUCCCGAGUCCUGGAAAUGCGACAGAGAUAUGGACUGUGACGAUGGUGCAAACGGCACGGUCAGCUCCGACGAAGUGGACUGUCCAUAUAAAUGUGCCGAGGGUGAGUUCCAAUGCAGCAAUGGGAAGUGCAUCAACUUUGCACAGCGGUGUAACGGACAGCACGACUGUUCCGAUGGAUCAGAUGAAGCACCUGGUUGUCGUGAUCGCCCAUGUAGCGAAAAUGAAUUCAAGUGCAACAGCACAGGCCAGUGUGUACCACGCUCAUGGAUAUGCGAUGGCGUAGGGGACUGCUUGGACAGUUCAGAUGAACAUGCUGACCUCAACUGCCCGGUGGUUAACUGCAAGGACACAGAGUUUAAAUGCCUCAACCAGGCCUGUAUCCCAGCAAGCUAUUACUGCGAUGGUGAUCAGGACUGUGAAGAUGGCUCUGAUGAGCCAUCUUCCUGUGAGAGGCCACCAUGCCUGGACGAUCAGUUUACGUGCGGAAACAAACGCUGCAUCCCACGAUAUCUAGUCUGCAACAGCAGGGACGACUGUCGCGAUGGAUCGGAUGAACGGCCAGAAUUGUGUCAUGUGACUACGUCUAAGUCCGAGGGCUGUCCAAAUGAUGAGUUUCAAUGUGAUAACAAGGUCUGCAUCAACAGCACUCUCACCUGCAACGGAGAAAAUGAUUGUGGCGACUACUCUGAUGAACUUCGCUGUAACAUCGACGAGUGCGUGGAAUCACCCCACCUAUGUGCUCACAUCUGUCAAGAUCUUCCCAUUGGUUACAACUGCAGCUGCCGACCAGGGUUCGAGCCAAAGCAGGACGGGCAUGUCUGCGAAGAUGUGGACGAGUGCAAACGUGAAUUUCCCUGCACGCAUUAUUGCAGAAACACUUACGGCUCCUAUGUGUGCACGUGUGCGGAUGGCUACGUUUCAGUGGACAGUGGCCAUACCUGCAAAGCUCCGGAACGUCCCUCCAUUUUGCUAUCGAAUCGUUACUACAUCCGGGAGAUUGAUUUGCACGGACAAAAAUCCGACAUCUUGGCUCACAACCUCACCAACUCAGUGGCUCUAGACUUUGACUCUCUGGAAAAUUGCAUCUACUGGUCCGAGGUGACUGCCAUUGGGUCCACCAUCAAAAGGCUGUGCUUCAAUGACACACAGCAGCAGCAAGUACUCCACUCAACAACUGUUCAAAACCCUGAUGGCUUGGCAGUCGACUGGGUGGGACGUAAUCUUUAUUGGUGCGACAAAGGCAAGGACACCAUUGAGGUGUCACGGCUGGACGGAACAUUCCGCAAAGUUCUCAUCCGAACAGGACUUGAAGAACCACGUGCCAUAGUCGUUGAUCCUUAUGAUGGUUUCAUGUAUUGGACAGACUGGGGUGAGCACCCGUACAUCGGAAAAGCAGAGAUGGACGGCACCGGGGCUCGCAUCUUGAUCAACGAGUCUGUGGAGUCUCUGGGUUGGCCCAAUGCCCUGGCUUUGGAUAUUGUCACGCAGCAUAUCUUCUGGGCAGAUGCCAAGUACGAUUACAUUGCCAUGGCUGACUUGGACGGGGAGCAUGUGCGCAUCCUGGCUCGUGACGGUCCGUCUUUCCCCUUGCACCAUGUGUUUGCAAUGACUGUAUUUGAGGACCAGCUGUAUUGGACAGAUUGGGAGAGCAAGAGCGUACUGCGCUGCCACAAGAACCACUGCAACAACAUAACCACAGUGGUGCGCACGUCCAUUCGGCCCAUGGAUCUGCAAGUCCAUCACCCCCUGCGUCAGCGGAUAUUACCCGGCAACAUGUGUGAAAAUGGAGGCGGGUGUUCCACGCUCUGUCUGCUGAAAGCCGGUGGAGAGUCGACGUGUGCCUGUCCUGAGAACUACGUUCUGCAGAAUGAUGGGGUCUCCUGUGAAAACAACUGCAGCAGGUCUCACUUUGUGUGCGAACAUACCUACAAGUGCAUCCCAUCGUGGUGGCGUUGCGACACCCAAGACGACUGCGGGGAUGGCUCGGAUGAGCCCCCCUCGUGUCCCCCUUUCCACUGCAGUCCUGGGCAGUUCCAGUGUCGAGACGGAUUCUGCAUCCAACCCAGCCAAUUGUGCGACAGUCGUAUGCAGUGUGCUGAUGGCGACGACGAACAUGACUGUGAUAAGUACACCUGCUUACCAAGCCAGUUCAAGUGUCCAAGGAAUGCCACUUUCCAGUCCUACUGCAUCCCUAUUACAAGCCGCUGCGAUGGCCAUGUGGACUGCAGUACUGGAGAGGAUGAGCAGGAUUGUCCCCCCAAGAUGUGCCCCAGCAACCAGUUCAAGUGCGAUAAUUCUCGCUGCAUUCCUGACGUCUGGAUGUGCGACGGAGAUAAUGACUGUUCCGAUGGAUCAGACGAGCCAUCAAAUUGCCGCGAAAGGCAGUGUCCCCCCAAUACAUUCCGCUGCGACUCUGGCCGCUGCAUCCCCCUCACGUGGAAGUGUGAUGGAGAAUAUGACUGCGGCUCCCAAGAAGAUGAGCCAGAAUCGUGUCGCAAUGCCUCCUGUCAUCCAUCCUACUAUCGCUGCAAGAACGGCCACUGCAUUCCCAGUCACUGGCGCUGUGACUUUGAUGACGACUGCGGGGAUGGUUCCGAUGAAGACCCCAAUGAGUGUGAACCUCGUUCGUGCUUGGAUGGAGAAUUCCAAUGUGGAGAUAAGCGUUGCAUUCGGGGAAGCCUUCGCUGCAAUGGGGAGUACAACUGCAAAGAUCGCAGUGACGAGCUCAACUGCAACUUCACUUGCAAGGUGAAUGAGUUUCGCUGCAAGCUUAUUGGCUACUGUAUCAACAAAACCUGGAGAUGUGAUGGGGAUAUCGAUUGCACUGAUGGCUCGGACGAAGAAGCUUGCAAUAUCACUUGCCGACCCGGAGAGUUCACCUGUAAUAAUGGCCGCUGCAUCAAAGCUGCUUUCCGCUGUGAUGGUGAAGAAGAUUGCGAAGAUAAUUCUGAUGAAGACCAUAGGAUUUGUGGUACCUGUGACCCAGGAAAGUUUAGGUGCAAUGAUGGAGCAUGCAUUCCGUCGUCUAUGUUCUGCGACAACAAGAGGGACUGCAGGGAUGGCUCUGAUGAAGAGAUGUCUGUCUGCCACAGUUGCAGUACCAACCAGUUCAAGUGCAAGAGUGGCCACUGCAUUUCUGUCAAUCUCCUGUGCAACGGAUUCGAUAACUGUGGCGAUGGAUCGGAUGAAGAUGACUGUGACGUAGGCCCAUGCCACUUCGGUGUGUGUUCCCAGACUUGCAACGUCAAAAAGAACACCAGCUAUAGCUGCAGCUGUGCACUUGGCUUUAUGAAGGAUCGUGCACUCAACAGCUCUUGCGUUGCUGAAGGUGAACGUGCCUUUUUGCUCGUGGCUAGCGAAAACUUCCUGCGACAUCUGGACCCCUACAAGACCACCUACCAGGAGGUGGAAGAUGCCCUGGAGGGCCGUUUGGAACCAACCAAUCGGAUUCACGCAGUUGAUCUGUUUCUAAACGGUACAGAAGUCGUCGUCUUCUGGGCCAGCCUCCACACGGGCACUAUCUAUCGCCGAACCCUCCCGCCGAGGUCGGCAGAUGAGAAAAAUGGCAGAAGGCUUCGUAGGAGUUCAAGUAGAAAUGGUGUUGCUCAAGUUCUGGUUCAAAAUUUGACCGAGCCUCGUGGGUUGGCAGUGGACUGGGUGAGCAGCCACGUGUACUGGGCUGAUGCUGGAACACGAAGAAUAUCGGUGACAACACUAGAUGGAAAGCUGCAGCGUACCCUAGUCUCGACUGGACUUGACCAGCCAAAUGACAUUGCAGUCGAUCCACACUCUGGGUACAUGUUCUGGACUGAAACUGGUAGAAGCCCACGCAUCGGCCGAGCCCGCUUGGAUGGUUCCGACCAGAAAUCUCUGGUGAACACUCGAAUUGUCUGGCCAACGGGUGUUGCUGUGGACCACGCAGCUGGAAGAAUAUACUGGGCAGAUCACAAGACUAAAACCGUAGAGACAACAGAUUUGGAUGGACACCACCGUCAUGUUGUGCACGUGUUUUCACAUGCCGAAAGCCCAUACCGAAUUGAUGUGUUUGAAGAUAACCUCUACAUGAGCACCUUCCCCACCAAUGCUAUUAUCAGGCUGAACAAGUUUGGCCGGGGCAACAUAGUUUAUCUGAGCCGUGGAAUGCAGAAGGCCACUGAUGUUCUCAUUGUGCAGGAGAGCAAGCAGAACAAGAACUUGAACAACAAAUGUGCCAAGUCUCCAUGCGGUUCCGGGGCACUUUGUAUUCCCCAUAAUUUGACAGAGUCAUCGUGCCUGUGUCCCGACGGCAUGGUGGAGACACAAACCAUAGACAAGAAAACAGCUUGCACUGUCUUAGCUCCUAACCCAAAACCAGCACCCUCCUGCGAACUACAUUGUCUCAGUGGAGGUUCAUGUACUUUAGGAAGCGAUGGUCUGCCGUACUGUCAGUGUCGCCUGGGAUACGGCGGAAAGCGCUGCGAGCACUAUCUCUGUUCUCAAUAUUGCAGAAAUAAAGGCAUAUGUACACCCAUUACUAGUCAGCACAUGCAUUGCACAUGCCAACCUGAAUGGACAGGGCCUCAGUGUGAGACUUCCAUGGAUGCCUGCAUGCUAUGUGUGCAAAAUGGGCCAUGUAACAUUAGUUUUGCUGACAUCAAGUGCAAAGACUGCCUUAUCAGGUGCCAUUUAGAAGAACCACCUAGUGAAGGGGGCUCCUGCAUCCAUGGGGAGUGGCAAAUUCUUGCCCAUGGCAAACAGUGUAUCUGUUCACCCGGUUAUGUGGGUGAACGCUGCGAUGUCCAGACCAAGGAGUGCCAAGCCUAUUGCCUCAAUGGAGGCACUUGCCAAGGACUGAAGAAGAGACCGUGUGCGUGUCCGCCAUCACGCAACGGUUGCGCAGAUUCUGGUGGGCUUCCGAGGGCACCGUCAUGUGGAUGCAUGCAUGGCGCCCCCUGCACGACGACACGUGAGAAAGACAGAGUAGUGCUCAAGUGUUCAUGCCCGGCAGGCUACACGGGAAGCCGUUGUGAGCAGGCAGUUGGUUGCCUUUCUUUCCACUGCUUGCAUGGUGGCAGUUGCUACAAUGACUCUGGACAGCCACUCUGCAGGUGUGCUGCUGGAUGGGCUGGACGUCACUGCGAACAGAGCCUCAGUUGUAAUGCCUUUUGCUUUAACAAGGGAACAUGCAUUCCAUCCCUCGAGGGUGUCUUGCAGCCAAGUUGCCUGUGCCCCGAGGGAUUUACCGGCACACGUUGCCAGACUGAUGUGGCGACAAUAUUCCAAAGUGAAGGACAGCACUCUUCCGACUCACUUUCCAAUUUGCUGGGUGCCAUACUGAUUCCAAUAGUAGUAGUGAUAUUUCUUGCAAUCUUCAUUACAAUGACUGUGCUCAUCUAUCGUAAAAGAAAGAGAACAAGACCGUUCCAUCAUGUACGCAUGCAAGACAGUGGCGGUAAUGUUGAAAUUAGUAAUCCAAUUUACUUGAGAGGAGAGUGCGAAGAUGACGCAACUGAAGCACUCAACUCAUCUUUUGCGCUGGACCCUGACAAAAUCGCUACAAACUUCAGCAACCCAGUGUAUGACUCUCUCUAUGCCGACGGUGGGGAAGAAAAGAAAGGUCUUCUGCACGGCGACAGUCACCUCCAUGUCGACUACUUCGACGGCCACUCAAGCGGGGGUCCACGCGGGGACCAUCCGCUCGCAUGAACCUUCCAUCCGUCGGGGGAGGCCCCUUAUUGAGGCCUCCCUUUUGCUGUAUUCAUAUACUGGCAUUUCAUCCCACAGACUUUGGAACAAAAAGCAGACGAAAUGAAUAUCGCUAUAGGUCGACGUAAUGUAUACUAUAUUAUACGGGGUUCCGAGUUUUCGAAUUUUGCGAGGGGGACUUGUCAUCCCUAUUGCGAUAGUGAACUAAUUGCACGCAUCAUUAUUUAAUGUUACUUUUAUAUGUGUUGUAACGUGCACUUUUUUCUGGUGCCUCACAAAAUGUCACCCGCGAACAUCUUAAAGUCGAUGUUGCAUGCAAACAGAUACAGUAAAUGCGAACAGAUCAAACUUAUCAAUUUUAUUGGGUUAUACUUUGAAAAGUUGGAACCCCAUCCAUAUGUAUGUGUAAAUAUUUUAUGAUCUGUCCCAUUAAAUAUAUGUUUCUGUUCUAUUUUGUUAGGAACGAUGGAGGCGUCCCGAAUGUUUGAGAAUAGAUUUUUUUUAGAGUCAGAAACGUCGGACAACGAUAAUUGUACCGAGUGUUUUACAGGUGAGAUUGCGAGCCACUUAAGAAGAGCUCAGGAAAUGCAUGUUUGUAGUGUAUAGAUAUCUAGCAUAACCCUAUCAGUUCAAUCCUACCAUUCAGUUGAAUGAAUGGCUUUUGACCUCUUCAGUGCAGCUGCGAAACAAGAAAAGGGUAUAUUUGUACAGCAAGGACGAUGACACAGCCAAUGGGGCUUAUUUUUAGUUUUAUUUCUCCUGGGGGAGGGGUGGGUUUGGUAGCACCCCAAGGAACUUCACAAAGGUUUUGGCUGCCACGAAGAAUAUUCCAAAAUCCCACGAGGAAGCUACCAUAUAUGUAUCUCACCUCGCAUACUAUGUCUGGCUACAGGUUACUGCAACUUACUAUUGUGUUGCUGUUAUCAUUUAUUGGUAGUGUGGAAUUUCAGCCACCCAAACUGAACCUGUUAGCAUUGAUUACCAUGAGAUAGCAAGUGUGAGCUGCCUCUGUUGGUUCUGUGGCAGCAGACUACUACGAUAAUGGGUUCUUGAUGUUUCAUCUAUGGCACUUGUCUUCCAUCGAUCAGUGUCACCCUCUGUGUUCCCGCUAUUCAUAAAUGGGUGCAGUUCAUAUUAGCUGGGAUGACGGAUGUUUCCAGGCACAUAAGCAUUUUAUUUCUAAUAAUUUUUGUAAGUGUGUCUAAAAUUACCUUUCUUGAUCACAAUGCUGUGUGCUAGCUCAGACAGUAGUUAUGUUCUGCAAAAGCUGGAAGACAUUUCCAAAAAGUUGUUGCGGAAGUAUUCGUCAUGGCUACGGUCCACAGUCGUAAGACAUUGGAACACUUCAAGUCCACACAGAAUUCCCAUGCAGCUUGAGCAGCUCGAAAGGCAGCUGUUUUGUCAUGUUCUCUCUGUCUUCCUCAUGUGUGACUACUUAAGCAUGAAAGAAGGAAUGUGGUUGUUACUGCGAGAAUUGCAUAAAUGACAAAGACUUUAGCAGUAAAUGACUUUUUUUUUUUUUUCUCUUUUUUUGACACACUAGUCAACUAUGUUUUGUAUGUUGUAGGAAUGUUGAGUGCUUUUGCCGGUAAUGCAGGAUAUUACGAUGCUGCAUAUUUGUACUAUAUGUUAAAACUCUUGCCAGCAUUGUGUUGCACAACUUCCAUGUUGCAGAUCAUGGAAGAUGGGCCACGUUGUGCUGUGUUCUUGCUUUUUGACAGUGGUGAAAUAUUUUAUUGAGCUUUUACACAUUUUAUGUUUCAGGUACCAGUUUAGGUAGCUUUUCUUUUCUCUCUCUUGUUACUUUGUGUAUUCUUCAUCUGUUCCACAUUAGCAGUUCAAUGCUCCUUGCAAGAGCACUUUUUAAGAGGCUUGUGCACUUCCAUAUGACUGUACAAUAAAUGUGAUGGCAUAUGUCAUGGAUAAUAAGAGAUUAUGUUUUACAUUGGAGUAGUCCCAACAUAGUUUGUAAAAUGCUGAGGCUUUGGAAUAAGUCCUGUAAUCCUAAGGGUAAACGAUAAGUAAGUAAGGCGGGUUAUAAGUUUACAAAUCAGCAUAUCACUAUAGGUAUUACAAUGCAUGCCACACAUUUAUGCUGAAGUCUGUAUGAGUGUUUAAACAAUCUUAACAAAGCAGGGUAUUUUUACUUUUGCACUUUUUUUUACUUUACUUUACUUUUUUUACUUUUUGAGGACCAAUAAUUCUGCUAUAUGUUUGCCACAAAUCUUGUUUGCUAUGUUUCGAGUUUUCUUUGCCGGUUGCGUCUCUCCAUUUUUUUGUCCCCUUAAUUUAGCAAGGUCUCAUCAUCCACUGUUCUACAAAUUCUCAGUCCACAUACUCUGCACCCCUCACACCCUCAUGUCAGAUGUUGUGCUUAGUUUUUUAAGCCUCCGGUGCGAAUUACAUUAACUAUCGUUUGCGGUCAACAAUUCCCUGUCACUAUCAGUGUCACAAGCCUUUACAAGACAAUGCUCGUCCAAAAAGACUGUGCCAAAAAGCAUAUAUACAGUGCCCACAGCUGUAAGCACCAGGUGUCAGAUGAUGUGCUUAGUUUUUUAAGCCUCCGGUGCGAAUUACAUUAACUAUCGUUUGCGGUCAAGUUUUCCCUGUCACUAUCAGUGUCACAAGCCUUUACAAGACAAUGCUCGUCCAAUGAGACUGUGCCAAAAACAUGUGUACAGUGCCCACAGCUGUAAGCACCAGGUGAUCUCAACAAUACUGUCUGUAUAAAUACUGUAAUUCCUCUAUUUUUAUGACUGACAACUCUUUCUUCCAAAUAAUUUGUCAACUCAGUCUCCGUAAUGGUGCUUCCAACCUUCAAGGUUCCCUAUCGUAUUUACAGCAUGUAACCAGGAAAUGGAAAUAUCCAGGUUGUGUAAAUUUUCAGUUUUAGAUGCUGCAUAGCACUUGUUACACACACACACACAGCUGAGUUGUCUGUGUAAUACGUGAAAAGCACGGUACUUCUCAAACUUUCUGCCACUAGUCACAGCGGUAGUUACGGCAAGACGUGCUUUUGGUUUCUGUGUGUUGGGUAACUACGUACUAGUUUUGUUGUUGGUCUAGAAACAAAUAAUUGCUCACAUUUACAGAAAAAAUAGCAGGUUUUUUGCCGCAUAUUAGUCUUAUUACUAUAUUUCAAUUCACUGUUGUGUUGUGAUAUGAUGAUAGGUGUAUAAAAAAUAAACAUUGUGAUCGCUUGACUCGA